AUGGGAGGGCCCGGUCCUGCCAUCCGCGGAGAGCAGAGACAGCGCGAGUGGACAGAGGCAGGAGCUGCUGGAACCCACCGCUCACCAGGCCGUGCCCGCAUGCCAUCCAAACCUGCACGGAUAUACAUUUUCUCAUCACAGUGGAUACUGACCUAUCAGCAAGUUGAUGUGGCCUUACAAGGAAUAGCAACACAAUCUUCUACACUUACAAAUGCUUAUCCUGCAAAGUUAGCUAUUGAUGGCAACACAGCAUCUAGCUUAAGCUAUGGCUCAUGCACACACACAAAUGCAGACUACAGCCCAUGGUGGAGGGUGGAUUUGCUGGCAGUGUAUGAUAUUCGCACUGUAAUCAUCACUAACAGAGGCGAUGCCUGUGCAAAUCGGAUAAAUGGUGCGGAAAUUCACAUUGGCAACUCGCUUGUCAACAAUGGCAACAAUAACCCCAGAUGUGUGGUUAUCUCUAGCAUCCCUGCUGGUGCCUCUGUAAGCUAUACCUGCAAUAUGAUGGGUCGUUACGUGAAUGUCAUUAUUCCCAAUAUUAACCAGUAUCAUACUCUUUGUGAGGUGCAAGUCUAUGGGGUUAAAGUACCUGAUUUUAAGAGGGCAUUUCUAAGAUUAAAGAUUAACAGCAGUGUGGAUCUUAACAACCCUACCAUGAAAGACAACAUUCUUCAAAAGAUAAAAUCUGGCAAUCUUCAGUCAUCUGUAUUUCAGAUUUGCUGGACAGUGGAACCAGAACUCGAAACUAGAUUUUAA